GCAGUCUGCCCGCCGCGUGCGGGUCUGCUCUACACGCUGUGCGGCCUCAUCGGCGACCGCGGCGACGACAUCAGCAGCGCGGACAUCUCGACCGACGGGUGCUUGGUGUACAGCUGCUUCGUGCUCCGUUCGGCCCGCCCUCCGCGACUGGAGGAUGCGCCGAGGUGGUGCGAAGAGGUCGAGCACCUGCUCGUGCAGGCGCAGCGCAGCGAGGCGGCGCUGGAUGAGGUUGCGGCGGAGCCGCAGAACCUGUCUGUGAACUUGGACCUCCUGAACGUGGUGCGGUUCGAGAAGAUCUGCACGAGCGGUGGGGUGUCGCCAGAGUUGCGCUACCGCCUGGAGCUGAAAGGCAUCAACCAGGCCGGGCUGCUCAAGUACGCGGCGCUAGUGCUGUACCAGAGCCGUUUCAGCGUGCUUCGGGCGAGGAUCUCGACCGUCGAUGGCCACGUCUCGGACACCUUUGAGGUCUCCACCUCGUCUCCCGAGUCAGAGCGGGUCCUGCGUUCCCACUGGGACGUGCCGCCCAGGGCUGGACUCGAGGAGUCUCGCUCCACAAGCCUCAGCGGCAGUGCAAGCUGCUGCCCGAGCCCUUUCCCUCGAGACCGCCACUCGAAUUUUGCUCAGAGCGACGAGCAGCAUGCAGGCGACGACUGCGAAAAAGCUCAUGAUGUGCGGAGAGUGUCUUUGCAUUUUGCCAACGGCGACGAGUACUCGGGCGAUGUCAGCAUGUUCCAUGGUGUGGAGAUGCGACACGGAUUUGGGACCUACGAGUACGCAUCUAGCACCCACCAGGCGUACAAACAGUACCGCGGCAAUUGGGCGCAGGAUCAGAAGAGCGGCUACGGGGUGCUCUUGUACCGCAACGGCGGCGCCUAUGCUGGGCAGUGGGAUGGAAACCGCAAGCACGGCUUGGGCUUGCUCCUGGAGUGCACGGACCCCACCGGGAACAAGUCGAUGCCCAUCUUCCGGUACGAGGGCCAGUGGAGCGGUGACAAGCCGCACGGCUUGGGCGUGGAGGAGUCGCUGUCGGCGCUCGACGCCUCGGGCCGCUGGGUGCCCCUGCUCGACGCCAUGGGCGCGCUGCUCUGCGCGGCGGCCCCGCCGGACGCGGAGCCCGCGCCGCCCCCGCCGCCGCACAGCGCGAGCCCCGUGGGCAGCUUCACCGACUCCGAGGCCUCCUUCGCGGCCUCCGAGGCCUCGCUCGCCAGCCCGCUCACCGACGGCAAGGCCACCCCGGUGGUCCACGCCAGCGGCCUGCACCGCACGGGCGCCCCCGCGGCGGCCGACCGGGCCGCGGGCCGGAGCCGCGGCGGGCACCCCCGCGGCGGUUCCCCGCCCUCCUCGCCGCGCCAGGGCGGCGGGGCGCUCCCCGGGGCGCUCGGCGCGGCGCGCUCCGCGCCCGCGUCGCCCGCGCGGGGCGCCGGCGACGCGGAGGAGGGCGAGGGCAGCGGCAGCUUCGUCUUCUCCAUCCGGGAGGAGAACGGGCUGCUGUCGCCGACGCCGGGCGGCGCGGGCGAGGCCGCUGGCGCGAGGCACGAGCCAGCCGCGGCGCAGCAGUGCGCCGCGGAGCCGCUGGAGGGGCCCGCGGCGCAGCAGGGCGCCGCGGAGCCCCGCGGGUGGCCCCCCGCCGCGGGGCUCCGCGGCGGGGCCGCGCGGGGCCACGGGCAGGCGCGGGGCGCUUUGCUGCAGUGGAGCGAGCACGAGCUGGCGGCGUUCGUGGCCUGCCUGGGGCUGGGCGCGGACGUGUGCGAGCGGGUGAGGCGGUGCAGGCUCCGAGGCGCGGCCCACGUGCUGGAGCUCUCCGACGCGGAGCUGUGCCAGGAGCUGGGGAUGGAGUCCUCGGUGGAGAGGCUGGUGGUGCGGCAGUGCCUGCGGCGGCUGCUGGACGCCGAGCGGAGGGCGAGCAGCGCGCGCGCUCGCAAGGUGGGCGACGUGCAGGGCGACACCGUCCUGGGGAGCUUCGCCGUGCCGCCCGAGCGGCUCGAGAUCGUGAGCAAGAUGUCCCAGGGCGGCUACGGAACGGUCUUCCGAGGGGUGCUCAGCCCCGGCAGGGGACGCCCCACCGGGAGAACGAGCCUCGUGGCCGCGAAGGAGAUGAAGGGCGAGCUCAGAGUUCGUCUGCACGAGUUUCUGAAGGAGGCCUGCGUGAUGGCAUCGCUGAGACACCGGAACAUCUGCGCGUUUGUCGGCGUUUGCUUCGACACGCAGGCGCGGAAGAAUUUGAUCGUCUCUGAGCUCAUGGACUGUUCUUUGUUUGACCUGAUCCACCAGCCCGUCAAGCUGCACUGGCAUGGAGAGCUCACGGUCUUCAGAGUGCUUGAAUUGUCCACGGGCAUUUGUGGGGGCCUCGCCUAUCUGCACAACAGGCACAUUGUCCAUGCGGACUUGAAGUCAUCCAACAUCCUCAUCGACUAUUCCUCGUCUCCUGCAAAGACGCUGCUGCCGCGCAUCUGCGACUUCGGCCACGCCGUCGUGCGCGUCUUCCCGUCGCCGCACCACCGCUGCGGGACCCCGCAGUGGGCUGCGCCCGAGGUCCUCCGCGGUGAGGCCAUGGGGCUCUCCGCGGACAUUUAUUCCUUCGGCGCCAUCAUGUGGGAGAUGCUCACCCAAAAGCUGCCACACACGAGCCUCAGCUUCAGCCAGAUAGUGGCCACCGUGGGGUGGGCAGGCUGGACGCCAGAGCUGAGCCAGCUGCCGGAAAUGCCCCCCCCGCUGCGCAGCUCGUCCGCGAGGUUUUUUUUUGCCUGGCCAGCGCGCCUUGCGGGCGCCCGCGGGCCGCCGAGGUGCUGGCGCGCUGCGCCGCGCGCCGCGGCGGGGCGCGGGUGGAAUCCUGAGGAUGUUGGCGUCCUUCCUGGGCGCAUUCGUGUGCUGAGGGCGCCUCGGCCGCGCGGGCCGGCUCUCGCGUCGGGGCACAACAAGUGGCAUAAACAAAGCAACUCGGAGGUCCGCGCGGACUUCUCGCGGCGCCUCCAGCGCCGCCCCUACCGCUGUAGGCGCGCCAGGGAGGGGGGUCCAACGCCGAUGCAAUAA